UGCCAGCCGCGACAACUUUUGCACAUCAACAAAGAAAGCUGCAGUGUCGAUGCUGCUUCAAUUCGAGAAGCGAAGGGCGAUUAUUUGAGAUAAGAGUGACGCAAGUAGAUGCAGGCCGGAGAAAUGGGAAGAUGUUCAGAGACUCCUCCGUGUCGGUCGAUCGCCAACCACUACGAUUUACUCCACAAGCGAUUGAAGCUGUUGGCGUCUGUGCCAUCCACUUCCCCGGCUUCUGGCUGUUUGUUGCUCGAUGAUUGGGUCUGUCACGUCUGUGUCCCUCCAACCUGAGAAGUGCGCCGGCCUUGGGGCCGCGGUUGAGCUCACAUGUGUUUGUCUGCGCUGACGUAUUUCACUAUAUUAUAUCAGACCUCCUCUUUCCCGGCCCCUCCAUCACCAUCUCAAGCCUUUGCAUCUCUCUCUCUUCCCCUCCGGCUUUCUUUCAAAUCUUACUGCCGUCAUAUUCAUCAUGGCUACUAUUGAGCAGAUUAACGAGGGCGUCGCCAUCAAUGGCCCCAUCAAGGAUUCUCACCGGAAGAUCCUCACCCCCGAAGCUACCGCCUUCCUCGCUCUGUUGCAUCGCACAUUCAAUUCGACGAGAAAAGAGCUGCUCAAGAGACGGGAAAUUAGACAACAAGAACUCGACCGUGGUGUGCUACCAGACUUUCUACCGGAAACAAAGCAUAUUAGGGAUUCAGACAGUUGGAAGGGCGCUCCUCCAGCUCCCGGACUCGUGGAUCGACGUCUCGAGAUCACAGGUCCUACCGAUCGCAAGAUGGUGGUUAACGCGUUGAAUUCGCAAGUGUGGACAUAUAUGGCCGACUUUGAGGACGCGCAAGCACCUACAUGGGACAAUCAAGUGUCCGGCCAGGUCAACCUGUACGACGCCAUCAGGAAGCAGAUUGACUUCAAGGCAGGAGAGAAAGAGUAUAAGCUGCGCACGGACAGAGUAUUGCCUACGCUCAUUGCCAGACCACGAGGCUGGCAUCUCGAAGAGAAGCAUUUCACUGUCGAUGGCGAACCCAUUUCUGGUUCGUUGUUUGACUUUGGUCUGUAUUUUUUCUCGAACGCCUACGAACUCGUCAAGCGAGGCACAGGCCCUUACUUCUACCUGCCCAAGAUGGAAUCGCAUCUUGAAGCGAGACUCUGGAACGACGUCUUUAACCUUUCCCAAGACUACAUUGGCAUGCCUCGAGGCACCAUCCGAGGCACCGUUUUGAUCGAGACCAUCUUGGCUGCUUUUGAGAUGGACGAGAUCAUUUACGAGCUCCGCGAUCACUCUGCCGGCCUGAACUGCGGAAGGUGGGACUAUUUGUUCUCAUGGGUCAAGAAACUUCGCCAACACCCGCAGUUUGUGCUCCCCAACCGAGACGAUGUCACCAUGACUGUUCCUUUCAUGGACGCAUAUGUUCGACUCUUGAUCAAGACUUGCCAUCGUCGUGGCGUGCAUGCCAUGGGUGGUAUGGCUGCUCAGAUCCCUAUCAAGGACAACAAGGAAGCCAAUGACAAGGCAAUGGAUAAGGUCCGACAGGACAAGCUCCGUGAAGUCCUGGCUGGUCACGACGGCACAUGGGUUGCUCAUCCCGCUCUUGCAGCGAUUGCAGCCGAAGUCUUUAACAAGCACAUGCCAGCCCCUAACCAGAUGUACAAACGUCGUGAGGAUGUCCACGUCACCAGGAACGAUUUGCUGAACACCAAUGUUCCGGGCUCCGUGACCGAAGACGGCAUCAGGAAGAAUCUCAAUAUCGGUCUGGGUUACAUGGAAGGCUGGCUCCGAGGCGUUGGCUGUGUGCCCAUCAACUAUCUCAUGGAAGAUGCCGCCACUGCUGAAGUCUCACGGUCACAGCUCUGGCAAUGGGUGAAGCACGGUGUCAAGACGGCAGAGGGCAAGACGGUUGAUAAGGCCUAUGCUCUCAAGUUGUUGAAAGAACAGGCCGAUGAGUUGGCCUCCAAGGCACCCAAGGGCAACAAGUACCAACUUGCUGCCAGGUAUUUUGAGGGUCAAGUGACGGGUGAAGAUUAUGCAGACUUCUUGACAAGUCUGCUGUACAAUGAGAUCACCACUGUGGGAUCAUCGCAGCCGGUAGCAAAGUUGUAAAACUCUGAUCGAGAGGAGGUGAAAUGAAAUCGAAAAGGAAAGAGAUACUAAUCUAGUAUGAAUACAUGAUGUGAAAAUUGUACAGUGCGUCUAAGAGCGCCGGACUGGAUAUGGUGUACUCAUGCCGUGUAUGCUUUUGAGUAGUAUGCAAUAGCCACAAUCAAAUCCAGCGAGCAAUACUCCGUAGUUGACGCCUGUCAACGCAUCCACCUCGCCGUGUACUAGAAUCCC